AUGUCAGGACAGUACACCUACCCCCAGCUGACUGAGGAGGUAGAGCAUAACCUCUUGCCCGGCAUCUCACUCAAACGUCUUGACCUAUUCCUUGAAGGCCCAUAUAAUGAAUACAAUCUCGCCUCCGUGCUUGACAGGGUCAGAUUGGAUGGAGAGGAAAUAGUGAAAAUGACCAUCUGGUCCGCUCCGGGUAUCGAGAAAGUCACUUUUGAGGAAGCUACCCAGCGACUACAAUCGAAUGAGGUUAAGCAAUUGAAUAAAGGAGAUCUAAUCGGUGGAAGUUGGACACAGCAUUGGGUAAAAGUGGAAAUCAACAUUCCGAGUGAUUUCAGAGAUUCGGAGGAGCCCGUUGUAUUCGAAUUCGAUCCUGGUUGUGAAGCUUUGAUAUGCAAUAUUCAUGGUCAUCCCUUACACGGUAUCACCGGGGGACCCAAUUCAACUAUCAAUGCUUAUCCCGGAUAUGUGGAAGACCGAAGGAUCGAACAUAUCAUACCUACCGAAGCUGUCAAUACAGGUAGAUAUGAAUGUUAUAUCGAAGUCGCUUGUAAUGGUAUUUUCGGUAUUGGUAUCAAUGGGUAUAGACACCAUGAACCUGAUAUGAAUAUGAAAUAUCACCUUGCACUAGCGGAUCUUGUAUUGGUCCGAUCAGAAGCCCAUGCACUGAAAGUGGAUUUCCAAAUCCUUAAGCAAUUCGCAAGAUCCCCUCAAGGUGCUCAAUCACCUGUUUCUCGAAAAGCCCUUAGAGCUGCGAACGAAAUCAUGAAUGUUUUCCGUCGGGAUAACGAGGAAGCGAUCGAUCAGACUGUUCGUAAAGGUCGAGAAACCGCUAUGCGGGUCAUAGGAGAAGGGUUGAAUGACUUUGAAGACGAUGAGACGAAAGUAUGGGCUAUUGGACAUUGUCAUAUAGACACAGGAUGGCUAUGGCGAUAUGUACAUACUCAACAAAAAAUCGCCCGAAGUUGGUCUACCCAGAUAGAUCUGAUGGAAAGAUACCCCGAACAUCAGUUCACUGCUUCAUCCGCCCAACAGUUCCUAUGGCUCGAGAAACUCUAUCCAACGCUGUAUGAGAAGGUACUCGAAGCUGUAAAGCAAGACAAGUUCCAUCCGAUAGGUGGUAGUUGGUUAGAACAUGAUUGUAUCUUACCUUCUGGAGAAUCCCUUAUCCGACAAUACCUUUAUGGUCAAAGGUUUUUCAAGGAGAAGUUUGGCAGAAAAUCAAACAUCGCUUGGUUACCUGAUACCUUUGGUUAUGCUUCUCAAUUACCUCAGAUAUUGAGAUUAGCAGGGAUCGAGUAUUUCUUUACUCAGAAAUUAUCUUGGAAUAAUAUCAAUGUCUUCCCCCAUUCGACGUUCAACUGGUCAGGCCUGGAUGGUAGUCAGGUAUUAGCUCAUAUGACACCUACAGAUACUUACAAUGCCCAAGCUAAUUUCUCGGAGCUCCAACAAGGUAUUUCGCAGAACAAAAAUCUCGAAUCUACCGAUCAAUGUUUGCUGUUAUUUGGGAAUGGCGAUGGUGGAGGUGGACCGACUGCGUUGAUGUUGGAAAAGCUAAGACGACUCAACUCGUCUUCGGUGAAAAAUCCCGAAGUGCCCAAAACGAAAAUAUCAAAAGUUGAUGAUUUCUUUGAACAUCUCAAGGAACAAACUCGAGGUGGGAAAAAAUUGAGUAAUUGGAAAGGUGAAUUGUAUUUUGAAUUGCAUCGUGGAAUCUUCACAAGUCAAGCUAAGAUCAAAGACGGUAAUCAGACGAUAGAAAAGCUGUUAAGAGAUUUAGAAUAUUUCGGUACAUUGGCUUCUUUCGUUUCCGACUCUUACGAAUAUCCAAAACGUCAACUCGAUGAGAUUUGGCAUGAUGUCAUGCUGAAUCAAUUCCACGAUGUCUUACCUGGUACAUCCAUCAAGAUGGUCAACGAUGACGCCAGGGAGAUAUACCAGAGACGUAUACUCGAGACCCAAUUUUUGCUUGAUCAAUCCCUAGAUGUUCUCCUUCCUACAAGAGACGAAGGGCAAGAUGGGUCAAUAGCGAUACUCGACGGAAUGAGGUUAGAUAGAACUGGAGUUAUCGAAUUGCCAUUUGAACCCCAGUUUGAGAAAGUUGUCAUUCAACCUGGAAUAGAUGAUAAGGUCCUAGCAUUUUACAGUAGUAGCUCAUCACCCUCAGGAGGUACUAUUGGAGGUCUAAUCAAUCCACCGAAUCAAUCGACACCACUAGCCAAACAAGAAGGUUCAACCUACAGUUUAUUCAAUGGAUUUAUCACACUCACCAUAUCCGACGGCCGAAUCACCUCAUUGUACGAUCACACAGCGUAUCGAGAAUUGAUCGUGCCUGGAAUAGGGACCGACAGGGCUGGACUGAUGCUCUACGAAGAUUAUCCAUUAUCGUAUGAUGCAUGGGACGCAGAGAUCUACCAUCUGAGAAUGGGCAGAGAGAUCAUAUUUGAUAAAGUAGAGAUCAUCGCGAAUGGUCCGCUUAGAGCUACUUUACGGACAGAAAGUAUUUUUGGGAAAAGUAAGGUCGUACUCCAUAUCUCGAUUGAUGUUGCUACAUCUGGAGAUAUACCUGCUAUCAAGGUGGAUGCGAAAGUAGAUUGGCAUGAAACUCACAAGUUCCUCAAAUUUGCUCUUCCACUUGAUAUCCAUUCCUCACAGGCCACUUAUGGUACUCAGUUCGGAUUGAUCGAAAGGCCAACUCACCGAAAUACUCCUAUCGAUCAGGCGAAAUUCGAAGUUCCCGCCCAUACAUUUGCUGAUCUGAGUGAAUCGGGAUAUGGAAUCAGUAUGGUCAGUGAUUACAAAUAUGGAUAUAUCGUUGAAGGGAAUACUAUGAGAAUCUCUUUACUUCGUUCUGCGACUGCUCCUGACGUCACUCAAGAUAAGGGUUACCACGAGUUCACUUUCCAUAUACUGCCUCAUCAGAGGAGGUUGAUUGAAAGUGGAGUGUAUAAGAAGGCUUUGGGUCUUAUCAAUCCUCUAAGAUUCCGAAAAAUCAAAUCAUCAGAACCAAAGCUUCCUAUCACAUUCACUCUUCAUCCUCACUCAACUUCGACGACUGACGGAGUGAUUUUGGAAACGAUCAAAAGGGGUGAAGACGAUUUCAUCACCGGUACUGAUUUUACUGAUUCUAGACUCAAAUCAAUCGUCCUGAGACUAUACGAGAGCUUGGGUGGAAAGACCAAGACUUCUUUGAAGAUUACCGGUCUGCCAAAGCCAUCUGCAUUGAAAUGGCUAAAUAUCCUCGAAGAACCUGAGAUGUUCGAAGAUCAACCUGUCAAAUGGAAGGUUGACGAUGGUGUGAUUGAAGUCAAUAUCGAUUUUAGAUGUUUCGAAAUCAAAACUUUGGGUAUCUAUCUAGACUGA